UUGAAAUUAGCGCCUUUUGUUUCUCAUCAUCAUUCUCGUCAUCAGUCUAUUACCUCAUAAUUUGCUAAAUUAUGUGAAAGACAUUUUACGUGUCCCUUACCCUCAGAUAGUGAUUUCCUUUUCUUUUUGCAUAUAAAUCCAUUGCAGGGCAGAUGGGAGCGGCUUUGCAUGUUACUACACACACACAAACACGCGUCUGUGUGGCUAUCCUUAUAAGGACACUGCAUUGACUUCCAUUCAAUUGGACAGCCUACUUAAACUUAACCAUAACCAGUUAAUGUCUUAACCACAGUUCAGCUUUUAGCCCUAAACUUGACCGGUUCCUCGGAAAGGAGGUUCUGCCUCAGUGGGACCAGGUUUUGGCCUUUGGAGGUCUUAGUCUGCAUGAGGAGUACUGGUCCUGACAGUGUCUGUAUUUAUGCCACCAUACACACACACAUUUAUGCAGCAUAGAUGUGAGGACUAGACAAAAUGUCCUCACUUUGCCAAAAUGUCCUCACCUGGCUAGUACGUUUUGUUUGGUCCCCACAAAGCCACACGUACAAAAACACCCAAACACAAGCACACAGAGAGAGGGAGAGAGAGCGACAGACAGAGAGAGAGAGGAGGUGGAGUCUUGAGGAAAAGGCUUUUGGACUCAUAAAGCCCAAAAGCGUUUUCCUCUACUCACUGUCAAGGUGACGCGCUCCGCUGCUGACAGAUUAACUCUUUUUCGUGCGUUUUUCUUUUCCUCUCUCUCUUACACACACAUACACACAGACACACACCAGCGGACAUGAGCGCAGCGGCGUUGGUGGGAGUUUUUGGUCACAGGCUCGUUGGUGGCUGCAGAUUUACUCUCCAAUAAGAACCAGGUGCUCGCGCGUAAAAGAACUUGCCAAAGGACGCGCGGAGUCACAGUUGGAAAAACACAGGCCAAACACCUGUCGGACGCCUCUUCCCUUUUUUUUCAUUUUAAAAUCCAAAACCUGGGGAUAACUUCGAUCUCCGGACUACAUUGCAGAGGGAAUAUGUCAGUUGGCCUGCGGGGCCACUGACUGAGGGAGCGAGCAUCGGCUUUCGUCUUGUUGAGGCGACCAAGCGCGCAGCGAGAUGAUGCAGCAUCCUUUGGACAUGGGAGCGCAAUUCUAUGCUCCGGACUUUAGCGCCGACCACAGGACCCAUCGCUACAGGAGUUUCAUGAUAGAGGAAAUCCUGACCGAUCACCCGGAGCACAAAGCGUCAGCUCCGGCCGGAGAAUUCCUCAAAUUCGGCGUACACGCUCUGCUGUCCGCCCGGCCUUUCCACAGCCAGCUGGCGCUUAAAGCCGAGCAGACGAGCCUCCUUAAGUUCCCCAUGUCCCCGCUGUCCUGUUCGCUGGGCUCCCCGCUCGGCCCGCCGCUGUUGUCCGCGGCUGCGGGCCUGCAGGUCGGCGCCGCGUCCCACCACCUGCCGCUGGAUCUGCACCUCCGCGGGAAGCUGGAGCACGGAGUCGACGGAGGCAGCAAAGUGAAGAAGGGCCGCCGGAGCCGCACCGUCUUCACCGAGCUGCAGCUCAUGGGCCUGGAGAAGCGCUUCGAGAAGCAGAAGUAUCUGUCCACGCCCGAUAGAAUAGACCUCGCUGAGUCUCUGGGCCUCAGUCAACUGCAGGUGAAGACGUGGUACCAGAACAGACGGAUGAAGUGGAAGAAAAUCGUGCUUCAGGGAGGAGGUCUGGAGUCGCCGACUAAACCAAAAGGCCGUCCAAAGAAGAACUCCAUCCCCAGCAGUGAGCAGAUCUCUGAGCAGGAGCGAUCAGCGGCUGAUGUUGAGCAUCACUCUGAAAGCUCCGACUCCCACUUAGAUGUCACGCAGGAGGAAUGAGCUGCUGUAGCCGUGUGGCCUGUACAGACACUCUAGACUCUUAUAUGUGCAGACUCUGUGGGACCAGACUCCAUCAUCCUGAUCGUGGCAUGGCAUAGCAUGGCGACGCUAUCUUACCCGAUGCCCCCCCUCCCUCCCCGACUCCCCCCCCCCCAAAGAAAAGACUUGCAGGUUCCACUGAAACUGUGCACGCACCACUUUUCAACAGCCAUGUGUUUUUGUCAAAGCCCUGCCAGCGUGUGUUCCCUCAUGGUGAACGUGCUGCUGUUGAGGAGGGAGCUCAAAGUGCUGCAGUAGGUGUCCACACUUUUUAUUCUAAGGAUUCACACUCACUCUGAAUCUGUUCUGCUUUUCCUUCUGUGUAACUGUGCUAUGUUUAAUUAUUAUUAAAUGUAUUUUCACUAA